AUGGGUUGUUCUGGUCGAAAUGAUGGCAUUAUGGACAAGGUGCUUCCAGCUGCAGCAAGAAAGAAUCAUAUAACGAAAAGAAACAGCGAGACCGAUUAUUGGGCAGGCGAGAAGGAUAAUCCGGGGUAUCCAAACAAUGAGUAUCCAACUCAGCAGAGGCAAGGAAAUAUGAACAAAUUAGGGUUUGGAGUCUUUCUUGCCAGCUCUAUGUCUGCAGACAGCAUCUAUACCUCGCCCUAUACAUCGCCACAAGUACGCCAAUUACUGUGCGACAUCUACUUUCGGAAUGUCGAUCCUUUGUUUAAAAUCCUUCAUCAGCCAUCAAUCCAAAAAUUUCUUCGUGAUGGGGAGUGUUAUCUCGACUAUGAGCGGGGCCAUCAAGUACCCGCUACACUCGCCUCCGCUAUUUACUUUGCUGCUGUUUGUUCCCUCGACAACUCAGAAUGCCAGUCUUUCUUUCACAGAGAUAAAAGAACACUAGUAGCAUUGUUACAAAAGAAAACCGAAGCAGCCCUAGUGGAGGCAGACUGUGCUACAUCCAACCACUUGGCUGUCUUACAAGCCUAUGUUCUCUCUCUACUUGCUACUCGUUCCCAGGAUCAAAGCCGGCGAAUAUGGACCAUGCUCAGCAUGGCUCUCCGAAUGGCCCAAGCGCUGUCCUUGCAUAAACCAAACCCUCCAUUUCCUGUAUGCACAUUUGAACAGGAAAUGCGCAGGCGUCUUUGGCUAGCUAUUGGCUUACUGGACGUAUCUGUCUCGCUAAACCGAGCAACUGAGCCAAUGAUGCAGACGGCCUGGUUGCAAUCACAUCCACCUUCUAAUGUAAACGAUGACGAUAUAUGGUUCGACAUGGAUGGGCCAGUCCAGGAACUGGAUGAUAGCAUCUUUACAGAUAUGUCCUUUUCCUUAAUCCUCUCAGCGGCACAAAAUGUUAUCAGAUCUAUCGGCUUCUCUGAGUUUACAGAACCUUCUGUAGAACCCUUGGCCUUGCGCCAUCGUCUUGUUCAUGAUUUCCAACAGACAGCUUCAAGGUUGCUCCGUGGGUGCAUGCCAGACUCAGAGACUUUCCAUUGGUACACGAAAAAUUCUACACGGACCAUCAAUGCAUGGUUACAGCUAAUCUCCUUUCGACCAUUGCUAAGGAGUAGGGGCUUCGUACCUCCUACAGUUCCUGGAGAUUAUGUGCUUAGAUUGGCCGCUGAAACCUUUCAAAGGAUGCAGGAGGUAUAUAGUGACCCCCGAGCAUCUGCGUGGCGAUGGUUUGAAUGCAUGUGGAUUCCGUGGCACGGACUUGCUGUGGCCAUGGCGGAGCUACGCGUGUGCGAAGAUCCGGUCGCUAUGGCACAAUAUUAUCCUAUAGUCGAGCAGGUCUAUUCUGGAUCGAGCUCACUCAUCAAUGAUACACAGAGUGGAAUUAUACGAAAGCCUAUGGAAAACCUGAUGAGCGAGACGAGGGCCAAAAAAAGUGAACUCUUAGAUCAUCGUGGUGUCGGUGGAUUGACAACACAAACCUCGUGUGGCAGCUCUUCAAAUGAGAUUGAUCUUGCAGGAUUUGAAGUUCGGUCGCUCACGAGCCUUCCAUUGGGCUUGAAGCCAAUUGCCAAUUCCCACGAACAAAUCCCUUACGAUACGGACCCUUCCAUUUUACCCAAAUAUGGCCAAAUGUAUGGAACGAGUUGGAUCUUGGUGACUUGGGGUUUAAUAAUGAGGGUAACACGUCUUGGAAAAGUUACGAGAACUUCAUUCAUGAUUUAA